AUGUUCGCUCGUCAACUCCUAAGAAACCAAGUCAAACCUAUGGCCAGACGUGCCUUCCACACUUCAAAAUCUCAAGCUGUCCAUUUUGAAGAAGGUGUUUAUACAAAUAUUCCAUUUAAAGUUCAUAACAGAAAAAUUCCAUAUGCUAUAGUUCAUUUUAGUUUCUUUGGUUUAGGUUUUGCUAUACCAUUUGUUGCUGUUUAUGUUCAAUUGAAAAGAUCUGGUUCUAUUUAA